CCAUCUGAGAACCCGCCUUCCGUGGUUCAGCCUGGUGCCUCCGCACCCGCAAUUCAGCCUGAUGUCUCUACCCAGCCUAAUGUCUGUACCCAGCGUGAUGAACUGAUCCAGCUUGAUGAUCCUAUCAUGCCAGGUGACUCGGUGCCCGCUGUCGAGCCAGAUGACCUGAUGCCUGGUGACCCGAUGCCCGCUGUCGUGCCUGAUGACCCGAUGCCAGCUGUCGAGCCCGCUGUCGUGCCUGAUGACCCGAUGCCAGCUGUCGAGCCAGAUAUCCUGAUGCCUGGUGACCCGAUGCCCGCUGUCGAGCCAGACGAUCCAAUGCCUGAUGACCCGGUACCCGCUGUCGAGCCAGACGAUCCAAUGCCUGAUGACCCGGUACCCGCUGUCGUGCCUGAUGACCCGAUGCCGCUGUCGAGCCAGAUGCCAGAUGACCUGAUGCCUGGUCACCUGAUGCCCGCUGUCGAGCUGACGACCCGAUGCCCGCUGUCCAGAUUGCCAGAGAUGACUCGAUGCCCGCUGUCUUGCCAGAUGACUCGGCGCCCGCAGUCUUGCCAGAUGACUCGGCGCCCGCAGUCUUGCCAGAUGACUCGGUGCCCGCUG